AGCACCUCACCCUUCCUAGUCCCUCAACAAAAAAAACUUGCCAACCACCAACAUGUCCAGAUUCUUCAAAGGAGGUUCUAGUGACAGUGACAGUGAGUCUGAAAGCUCCUCCGAGGAGAGCUCUGUCUAUUCAUCCUCCUCUGCGGAAAACAGUUCCUCUGAGGAGAGCUCCAGCGAUGACUCCGAGACGGAGUCUGAGUCUUCAGAGUCCUCUGAAUCUUCUUCAUCCGAAUCUGAAUCCGAGUCUUCCGAUUCUGAGAGCGAAUCUGAAAGCGAAUCUGAUAGCUCGGAGGCUUCUGACUCAGAAGGCGAGUCGUCCGAAUCAGAAAGUGAGUCUGAGAGCGAACAGGAAUCUGAGGAAGAGGAGUCGAGUGAAGAUGAGGAAGAGCGUCCUAAAGGACCUGCGGGUUUCUUGAAGACCACUGCCAAGCCUGACGAGAGCAAGUCGGCUGCCUCAAAGUUCCUCCGUGGCGGUGAGAGCAGUGAUGAGAGCAGUGACGAAGAAGAUGGUCGUCGUGUGGUGAAGAGUGCUAGAGACAAGCGCCUGGAGGAGCUGGACACCUGUAUUCAGACGAUUGAUUCGUCUAGCAAGUCAAACAAGUGGGUUGUCGUUUCUAACGAGUUUGAUCACCUUAACAAGAUUUCUCAAAAGUGUGCGCAGGCUGGCCAGCGCCCUCCUAAGUAUAUUGAACUUAUCUCUAAAUUGGAUGAGCUGUUAGAGUCUGCUGACAAGGCUUUUGUCAAGAAGCUGGAUGCUGCCAAUGCCCGUGCGUUCAACACUCUUAAACAACGCGUGCGCAAGAACAACAGACAAUUUGCUCGGGAGAUCGAACGCUACCGCCAAGAUCCUGUUGCUUUCCUGAAGCCUGUGGAAAUCGCAGACGUUGUGAAGACGUCGAAUGCUAAGGCUGGUCAAGAUGAGAUUAUCGUUGACGGUGUCGCUACUCGUGGCAUUGUUGCUCCUGUUGCUACCGAUGGUUUGGGCAAGGCUGAUGAGAUCAAGCCUGCUGAUAUUUUCAAGCACUUGCGAACUAUCUAUGAGGCUCGCGGUAAAAAGAGCACUGACCGUGCCGAACAAAUUCGUAUCCUCGAAAAGCUUGCCUCCGUUGCCGUUACUGAUUACCAACGUCUUCGCGUUAAGGUGGCUCUCAUCUCGGCUCGUUUUGAUUUGAGCCCCUCUGGUCAAUACAUGCCCGUGGAGCAAUGGAACUUUGCUUUGAAGGAGUUGAUUGAGAUGCUGGAUGUUAUGGACAAGAACCGUAAGAUUGUUGUUGUUGAAGACAUAGAGGAUGACUUUGAGGAUGACGACAAUGUCGCCGCGAACGCUGUCGACGGUGUCCUCCGUGUUCAAGGUAGCAUGAUAUCAUUUUUGGAGCGUCUUGAUGACGAGUUUACUCGUUCUCUUCAAAUGAUUGAUCCUCAUUCCCCCGAGUACAUUGAGCGUCUUAAGAACGAGACCGAUCUCUACAAAUUGAUUGUGAAGACCCAAUCGUAUCUUGAGCGCAUUAAUGUUGUAAACAACACUGCGCGUCUCAUCAUGCGUCGUCUUGACCGCUUGUACUACAAGACAGAGCAAGUCAUCCGUGCUAACGAGGAGGCAGCCUGGAGCUCAUUCCCCGCUACCUUUGAUCUUACCAUCACUCCUCGUGCCUUGACAAGCACCCCUGAUGACUUGAUUCACGCUCUCUGUGUAUACUUGUACAAGAAUGGAACGAGUCUGCUCCGUACUCGUGCUAUGUUGUGUCAUAUCUACCACGAAGCUCUUCAAAACAGAUUCUACAAGGCUCGGGACAUGCUUCUCAUGUCUCACUUGCAGGACACUGUGCAUGCAGCCGAUAUUGCGACUCAGAUUUUGCACAACCGCACCAUGGUUCAAAUUGGUUUCUGCGCGUUCCGUAACGGAAUGGUUCAAGAGGCUCAAUCCGCUCUGCAAGAUGUUUCUACCACUGGUCGCGUUAAGGAGCUUUUGGGUCAAGGUAUUCAAACACCCAAGUUCGGGCAAGCUGCUCCUGAACCUGAUCGUCUUGAUAGACAACUCGUUCUCCCCUUCCACAUGCAUAUCAACCUUGAGCUGUUGGAGUGUGUAUACCUGACGUGCUCUAUGCUUAUGGAGAUUCCCGCUAUGGCUGCUGCUCUGUCUGCCGCUUCCGAUGCACGCAAAAAGGUGAUCAGCCGGCCGUUCCGUCGUAUGUUGGAGUACAACGACCGUCAAAGCUUCACUGGUCCUCCUGAAAAUACCCGCGAAUUCAUCAUGCAGGCUUCUAAGGCUUUGUCUGACGGCGACUGGCGUCGUUGCGAGGAGUUCAUCCAUUCUAUCAAGAUUUGGAAUUUAAUGGCUGACACUGAGUCUAUUAAGAGCAUGUUGAGCGAAAAGAUUCGCGAAGAAGGUUUGCGCACUUAUCUCCUCACAUACGCCGCCUUCUAUGAUUCUAUGUCACUCUCUUUCCUCGCUGAGACCUUCGACUUGCCUUUGGAGCGCAUCACCGUCAUUAUUUCCCGUCUUUUGUCGAAGCGCGAGAUUCAUGCUGCAUUGGAUGAGGUGCAUGGUGCUGUUGUUUUUGAGCGUGUUGAACUGAAUCGUUUGGAGAUUCUGGCUAUUCAACUUAGCGAAAAGGUUGCCCAAUUGGGUGAGGCAAACGAAAAGGUCUACGAACAAAAAACACAGCACAACAACCCUCAAGACAACAGACGCAGAGACAAGGGUGGUGCCGUGAAGAGACGGAACGACCGUGGCGGCAACAACGACAAUAGAGGAAACCGCUCUGAGGCAAAUUAGACGUGAGUGCGCAUACAAGAAGCGUAAGUACUCAUAUCAACGCUUGUACGCACACUCGUAUUCCAUCUCAUGCUAUGCUAUUCUCGUCCUUGGCUAAUUUUGUGUCUCUUAAAAAUGAACGUAUGUCCGGCUAACAACAAGCUUAAUGUUUGUAUGUCUUGUAAAGUAGCACUUAGAAUAUUUUGAAGGCAGUUUGGUGUGAGGUUCGGUGGAAUUGUGUAAGUGUUACCCCCAGAUUUCGUCUUUUUUUGAUGGGGUGUAGAAUGUGACCAUUGUAUUCUGCAUCUCUUCCUAAAAAUGGCUUAUUCUUCUCUACCUUUCCCGU